CGUCGCCAUAACGCCCGCCAGCAACGCUGCCCGCGCCACCUACCGCAGCGAGAUAUUCCAGGCUGACGUCAGCAUAGUGGUGGACGAAAGGUCCAUUCUGUUUCAGGCGAGCCCCCCGCACAACUUCAGGGACCUCUUCGCCUACACCAACCCCGCCUACGAGUCCUUCCCGCUCCCCCCUGGUUCGCCCAAGACCGUGUUCAACCACGUGGGUCUCAUGUACAACCCCUUCGGAGCUCUGCCCUUCCUCGCUGGGCAGGAGGACCCAACGCCGGUGAACGGCACGCACGCGGUGAACGGCACGCACGCGGUGAACGGCACGCACGCGGUGAACGAAACAUGCCUGUCGUGCUUCCUCUUCAUCACCUUCUUCCACGUCGACCCCUCACUCGUCAACACCACGGGCGCCGGCUGUGCCUUCAACGACAACGGCUUCUGCAGCGUCACCAAGGGCACGCCCAUCUUUCAGCCGCCCAGCAAGGACCUGCUGGGCGGCAGCUUUGCCACGUCAUCGGGCACCAUGUACAAGAGCCGCCCGCUGCUCUCGCCCUUCGGAUCCAAGCUGCUCGCUAAAUCCGUCCUCACCCCGCUGGCAGCGCCGCGGGUGGGCAUGAUAUGGACGAGCAGCGUGCAGCCGCCAGCGCUGUUUGGGUACGACGGCAAGGCCACGCUGGGCCCCACCAACUACUUCGCCACCAGCGACUCCCACGUGAUGGGAAUAGGGCAGGCGGUGAGCACCACGUACAUCUACCUCUACGCCGGCUACUUCAAAGCCAACCCCGAGACGCUCAACACACCCGUCACCACGAGCGUGUUUGACCGCCCUGCCAAGUACGGCGUGUCGGGGCUGUACCCCGGUGCGGCGUACUCGCAGGUGACGGGGUACCGCGGCAUGUCCACCUUCACCUUCGGCUUCACCAACUUCACCCAG